AUGGAGGAGGAGGAGGAGAGUGACGGGCAGAGAGGAGGAGACAGGAGGAGACAGGAGGAGACAGGAGGAGACAGGAGGAGACAGAGAGAUGUUGGACAGCUCCUGAGGGUUUAGGAGGACAAACUGAUGGAGGUUUGUCUCCGUGUCCCGGGAAUAAGGAGGACAUUUACGGACAAACUCUCUGAAGCCGCUGACAUGACUUUGGCUGUUUGCUCUUUACUGUUUAAUAAAGCCGGUUACCGUGGCGACCGCAGGAUGUUUUGUUUUCCCAGCGCAGUGAGAGGGACAGAAAUGCCACUUCUAUCUGCGCUCUUAUCAGCGGCGGACCGGAGGACUCGGCUGCCCUUCCUUGUCCCUGUGACUGCGGCUCUGUAAGGAAUCCGGGGCCACCUCUCACCAUUGUGCUGUCCUACAGGAAGCUGGGUCCGCCGCUCACUCCCAGCAUUCACUGGGUUUCCUGUGUCAGGUUACCACGUCCUGUGUUUAUUUUCUUUGCUCUCCGUCCGUAUCCACCCUCCAGGACUCUCCAACAUCCACCAAAGUCCACAAAAGAAGAGGAUGGCACUAUCUCAGCCGCCGCCGCCGCCGCCACUCCUGCUGCUGCUGGGAGGAGUGAGGAAUGCGGCGUUAUCUCCUCGGGGAUGAACUUCUUCUUCUUCUUCUUCUCUUUACCUCCAUGA